AUGCGAAUUAGAAAUAGCACAGUCCUUGAUGUCACCGGCGGCACAGAGAUUACUUUACCAACAGCAGACAAGACUACUCACAAUCCGGCGGCAUCGAAGAUUCGCAUCAUGCCAGAAACCCAAGGGUACCCACUAUGCGCAGCUGAUGCGAUUGCGAUCCUAAGAAGAAGCAUACAGAAGUUCAAGGUAAGGUACUCCAUACGCCAUGCAAACUCUGUCGCCAGCAGGCGCACUCGGGAUGCCGAGCAUGACUUAUCGCUCUUUGGGGAUGCCAUGCACAGAGGGGCAGCGAUAGGACCGCUUUGUCAAGGAGAGUUUCUUGUGUUAGAUUUCAAUGUGUCAACGACAAGCUGCGGUGUCAGAGAGAUCGUCGCUCCAUUGAGAUUAGCACAAUCAGCCCAAGCAUGCGGGGCUCUUCUCUCCGAUGCGGGACCUGCGGUGCCAAAAUCCAGAUUUCAUUCCCACUGGCGGCGAUGGACCCGUGGUUUCACAGGUGCAGACUGCAUCUCGUCGAAGCAGGGCAGGGCUACGGACUCAUCCUUCUCUCAGUCUCCUGGCGGCAUUGGUCACUCCAGAGCCGGCUCAGGCUCCAGCGGAUUGCAUCUGCCCCUCCAUCGAUGGGAUCCCCCAAUCUAA